GAUUUUGAUCGUUAGGAUUCUUCUUCACUUUUAUUAUUGAUUAUUUUAUGGAAAUACUUUAGGACGGGAGUAUAAAAAAGAAAGAUGUGUUUCACAGAAAAAUGGGGUCCCCUUUUUCUCAAAGUUAUCAACGUUAUUUUUCUGAUAUUUGGCCUCGCUUUGAUUGUACCAGGGGUCAUUGUAUUGGUCAAUAAUGACGUAGUGAGUGAUAAAGUCCUGCCACUGAUGAAGCAGCUGACAUUUGGAGGAAUCAAUCUCGGUGAAAUGAUCAUCGCACUCUGUGUUUCACUCAUAGUCGUCGGAACGUUUGUCAUUUUAGUCAGUAUCCUCGGUCUCUGUGGCGCUUGCACAGGAAAACCAGGAUAUCUUGAUAUAUAUGGCGGGAUAGUGCUGAUUCUUUUUCUUAUAAAAGUGUUCGCAGUUUUCAUGUGGUUCGACAGUAAUGCCAAGUUACAAUCUUGGAUGAAGACGGAACUGGUGUCCCUCUUGAACAACUAUGGAUCGAAUGACCUGACAACAAGCGAGACCUCCACCGCCUGGAAUUAUAUGUUUAUGCUGAUGUCUUGCUGUGCAGUGAACGCUGUAACUGGAACUACAAAUGAUUUUGACACAUCAGCCUGGAUAACAUCCGGUGCUGCCGGAAGUAAACAAAUCCCAACAUUCUGUUGUACUUGGGUCACAGAAACAACAUAUUCAACAUACACUAACACAGCUUGCACUGACAGCGUCACUUCCGGUUAUCAUACCACGGGUUGUUAUGAUGCAGUUUAUAAAUCUCUCAGUGCCUACUAUAUCGUUUUCAUCGCCGUUGGAAUUACUGUCAUGGUGAUUGAGGCUCUAGCAGUGGUAGCUGCUGUUUCUAACAACCACAAUAACCGUUACAACGACACUACAAUAGAUAAAGUGGAGGAUAUCUCAAAAGACAAAAACAUAGGCAAGGAGAAAGCAUGAAUCAUCUUUAUUCCAUCUGCAUAUCUAUCUCUGUGAUAAUAACGUUUCUUAAAGAAAUGUCUUCAGAAAUUUUGAUAUCCUGCUUCGAGGUUAAAGUAACCAUGUGGUUGUUUACUAAAUCCUUUUAGAGAAAAAUGGAAUUCCUCGGGAGAAAAAAAAAUACCGUUAUACGAUGAGUACUGCCUUGGAAGGAUAUAUUUCUACCACUUUUUAGCUAAAUUUUUAUACUUACUAGCAAUUCUUUGACACAUAAAAAUGUAUAGAGAUCCUCUCUGUAUCAGUGUGGCACAUGGUUUAUAUGGAUUUUUAUUGUUGUUAAAAUGCCAUUUUCCAAUAAAAAUUAAGUAUGCGGGUUUUUAA